AAUGAAUACAUUACUUUACAACACUACAGCCAACUUCAGGUUGUACAUUGACAUUUUGCAAAUUUCUUGACUAGGAGACUUGUAGCAAAUCAAAAUAAUGGCUGACAAAGUUGUUGAAAAGCCCGUUGGCAACCCCAUGAAAUUCCCUUACACCUUUUCGGCUAAAAUUGCUCAAUUCCCAUUGAAGCACUACAUUAAGAACCAAUGGAUCUGGCGCUACUAUUUCCUUGCCUUCGGUUUGUCCAUCCCCGUCUUCUACAAGAUUAGCAAAUUGGCUAACUCUCCUGGUAACAAGAAAGCCUGGGCUGAAGCACAAGCCAAAGAACAUGCCGAACAUCAUUAAGAGUUUAAUAC